CUCCCUCCAGUCAGGCAAAAAGACGCUUUGCGGAUAUGCUCCAAUUUUUGCGUCCGAACUGAACUUUGAAACACGGUGAAAAAAUUUGUUUAAUAGUUGUUUGUAAAGGCUGCCGUUCUCGAUAUAAAGAAUAGAGUAAAGAAAGAAAAGUAAUUAAUAAGUAAAAUUAAUAAAUCUGCAAUGGUACCCGUAAUAAGAAACUUACGAAAGUGAAAGUGUGAUGACUAUGACCGAAUGGUGUUUAAGCUGAAAAAUUUAUCCCACAAUCACUUCUAGACUCUAAAACUGUUCGGUGGCUUCAUGGACGUGAAUUUUAGUUUAUCAAUAUAUUUUUGCCUUAUCAAGAAAUUCUGUAUGAGUAUCAAAAGCUUGCAAAAAUAAAAACUUCAAGUUAAAAUAUCCUCCGCCUCGGAUACCGAUGUUAAAGAUUAAUAUAAUUAUAUAAACUAUAAAUUAACUUCAAAUCUAUAAAAUCUUGCAAAACACAUAAUUACAUGGUUAGAUUUAUAAAAUUGUCUUGUUGGUUUUGAGAACUAUUGUUAAAAAGUUGGUUAGUUAUUAGUGUGUGCUUGAUUUAACAACUUAUGACUGUAACGACUUAGCAUCAUCCUAGACACAAUAUUUUAAAAAUUAGUAGGUGAUCUGAUCUGAAGAAGGGUUUCACUCAGGAAUAAUUUUUAAACAAGAAGAAGGAGGGACCGAGGUGGACAAGGAUCCACCCACCACCAACACAACCCAACGUUCCCCACUUCCGGCCAACCUCCGCCGCCCCCCGCCAACAUCGGAGGAACUCGCCGAUUUAGAAACGUCUCUUGUGAACCACCCCUUUUUCAAUCUCAAAUGGACGCCUUCUCCCCGUCCGAAUCGCUCACCCUGCUGCUCCACGCCUUACAACAGUUGAAAUAUUCCCCCGAUGAAAAUACCCACCUCGAACUCUCCCUGCAGUACAAGACGGACGGCCACUUUCUAUUCAACUUGGGAAAGCAUCGCAUCGCCGCGAGUAUUUUUAGCGAAGCGAUAAAAACUAUGGAGCAAGGUGGGGAAACAAGUUGUGAGGAAGAAGAAGAAGUCACGGCGAAAAUUGACGCCCUGCUCCCCACUUUGUACAACAACAGAGGAGUUUGUCAAUCCAACGUGGACAAUUUCCGGUCGGCGUUGACCGACUUUGAAAACGCGCUCCCGGAUUCUGAGGGAAACGCCCAACUGUCGCGACACAAAGAGAAAUCCGCAAAAGCGAAGCAGACAAAAGAGUCGUUCAUCCUUAUGGAACGGAUUGGAAAUUCAGGGGUGAAAAUGUUAAAUGCCAAUUUUCUCCAGGUCGAGGGGGGUAGCGACGCAGUGGUGAAAAUUAAUUCUGACGAACUCGUCUGGCCGGUUUUAUUUUGGUACCCGGAGUUUUCCACGUCCAAUGUUGUAAAGGAGUUUCGAGAGACGGAUGAAUUCCUCCCACACGUCGAUGGCCAGAGUGGGGGUUGGGUCAAGGUUGACCAGGGGACCGCUUUACGCGACGUCAUGCGACAAAAUGGGUACUAUCUCCCGACGAAUGGAGUCCCUGCUUUUUCCGUCAUCUCCAAGACAUCCAAAUUUUCUAAAGUUUUUCAAUUCGUAAUAGAAGCCAAGUAUGGGUCCGAACCUUUUAAUAUUAAUUUAAGACUAAUUUAAUUUAAUUCAGCACAUUCUUAUUAAUUUCUCGGCUCUGGGAAUUUAUUUU